AUGCUACGUUUGUAUUGGUUGAAGCGUCUGCCUUUAAUCGUAAUUGUAUUGACAUUGCUUAUCGUACUCAUUCGAGAAAUUAAUCAUUCCCAAUACAAUACUGAUUUCGCUACUCAUGAAAGAGAUCAUGGUGAUUCUCAAUUUAUUUCCAGUAUCGACAGUGAGUGCUUUCAAAACGUUCUCUGUCCUGAAGGUGGAAAAACAAUUUUGCUCAGAGCAGAAAGUCGGAUAGGAGCUCCGCUUGCUUGUUUCAAUAAUAAACGGUUGUUCGACAACUCGAAGUUAGUCAAAGGAUUUAAUAUUGCUGUUUUAAAUUAUGAAACAGGCGAUGUCAGUGGUAUACAUUAUUUGAAGAUUCAAGAGGAUGAUAGUUCUGUUUCAAAACUGUUAACCCAUUUACGAAAUGAAGAUGUUAUUGUGGGAACUUCAUAUGGCGAUGUUGCAGCGAACAUUCUAGUCACAUAUAAUUUUGAUUUUGCGUUCAAAUUUAGAAUCUCAUCAAAAACUCGAAAAAUAAUGCUUUCAUUUGGUUUGUCAUUGAUGCAGUACAAGACGCUGACAAGCAUUGUUUUCGUGGGACGGUUAAAUCAGUCAGCUGCUUUCGAAAAGGUUAUUACUUUCAAGGGAAAAUUAGCAAAUGCCACUGUAAAUAUAUCAGAGCCGCAGGAUAAUAGUAAACAGAUUGCUGCAAAAUUAUCUCCUCCCAAAAGUCAGGAACUAGAAAUAAUGCUAGGUUCGGAAUGGGUGAAUUGUGGUUAUUCGAAAAAUUGUUCGCAAGUUUCAGAUGAAAUCGUGAUGUUUUUUUAUUCGGGAAUACGGAACAGUGGUUCACCGCAAAUAUGCAUCAAUGGAAGAUUUAUAAUAGAUCGAAAUUUGAAUUCUGCUGGUCGAGGACUUAAUUUAGUUGUAAUUGAUCCCAAAACUCAUCAAGUGGUGCGUACUGGAAAUUACGACACAUACUUACAAGGCAUGGAUUGCUUUAAUAUCGAUUUACUAUGGUUAUCUGAUAUGGCAAAGCAUAUUUUCUAUGAGUUGGGUUCAAGUCUCAUUUAUCACCUCAAAUUUCGCGCUUCAUGGUAUUUUAUUGGCCAAAAAGGAAUUGGUGGUUACACACCAUUUGAGGAUUUGAAUUUAGCACCAGGCAACGAUUGGGCCAAGCCAGUUCAAGUGACUGUUUGUGUCCCAUCAGUGUUAGAUGGAUUGAAAACAACAGAUAAUCAUUUUUCCAAGACUCAAAAUAUGCUUAGAAGACACUUUUGCUCUCGAUAUAAUGGUUAUGGUGAAUUUUGUGAUGAAAGCCGUCUUGAUCUUCCACUGACACCACGCAAAAAUCACACACAGAUGUCAGCUACUGAUCCUGUUUAUUCGGUUCCCAUUUUGCUUGCUGGAGGUCUCAAUAUGAACAAUAUACGUCUGUGCCUAGAAAGUAUUUUUUAUCAAGGUGGUGUCAACCUAGAGCAUGUCGUUGUUGCAUUCGAUUCCUUUUACAAUGAAAUAUCUGAUUUAAGUGCAGUAUUUCACGUUAGAGCGUUGCCAAUUAAUAAUGUCGCUUCUUAUCAAGAUUUCGUAUUAAAGGCUAUUGACCGUGUGUUGAUGUUGUUCCCAUCAGCACUGUGUAUAAUUGUUAUUGAGGAAGACAUUGUUUUAUUGCCGGGCUUCUUAUAUUUUGUCGCGCAGUUGCUUCCACAAUUUCUUCGGGAUGACACUGCAAAUUUCAUACUUACUUUCAAUGAAAACGGACUUGGACGUCGUAGCUUAUAUGCUUCAUCUGCAUAUCGAGUUGAAAAUGUUAUUCCAACUGGUGCUUAUGUGGUAAAAAAGUUGUUCUAUUCUGAAUAUGUUGCGAAUCCUGAGUGUUGUAAAGGAAUGGAAUUCAAUUGGGGAAUUUCUUAUCUGGCCGAUGUGUCCCGCGUUAAACCUGUCAAUGUAUUUGACAUCAGUUCGUUUGCAGAGUAUGCUAACACAUCGGAAGAACAACUACCUGGAUACGCUGAUUUUCUAAAUGGUGAUGAAAAAGUGGAUAAUGCCAACCGAUUAGAUGAAGGAAAGUAUGAUAUCGACUUGAAAGCAGUUAUUACUACGGGUCACAAAUUUCAUGUAAAGGAAACUUUCGAUUGUAACGACAAUGAAUUUGUUGCACGUAGCAAAGAUUAUUCCAAUCACAAGACUUCCUUUUCAGUAGCUGUUAAUGCUUCUCGCUCGUAA